AAAAUCAAAAUAAAAAAAUAUUUAAUUCUCUUAAUUAUUUUUUUGUAACUUAAUAUUAUUGUAUUUGUUCAGAUAAUAUCGCAAACUAAGUAAAAGAGUUACAAUAAGUGUUUUAUUACUUAAAUACAGUGAUACAUUUCAUACAUUUUAAAUUAAUUACACUAUAAUUAGACAUGUAAAUUUUAAUUGUCUUCUUAGCGAGUCUGUUAUAUGCUGUAGUGUCUUUUGGAAAGUUACUAUAUAUUCCUACGAAAUUACGAACCAAAUAUUUAUGUGAACGGUCACAACCUAGUGAUUCGGUACUUGCACGAUUCAUCAGUGCCGAUAUUAGUGACAUUUAUAUAACAAAAUGAAGGUUAAUGAGAAGAACUUGGCCGCUUUCGCAUCAUCAGCGACACCGGUGGACCAUGAGGGCUGCCUGGACAUGCGAGGAGAGGUUAGCAAGAGCUACCAGAAACGGUGGUGCACACUCAAAGGGAAUCUUCUAUUUUACUUUGACAAAAAGGGCGAUAAAGAACCAGUAGGCGUUAUUAUAGUGGAAGGGUGCACUAUAGAGCUUACAGAAGAGGAGACAUACAGUUUCAAGAUAGUAUUCCAAUGUGAGGGUGGACGCACAUAUUAUUUCUGCACAACCUCUCAGGCAUCCAUGGAGCAAUGGAUGAAGUGUCUGGGUUGUGCCAGUUACGACUAUAUGAAGCUAAUGGUGGCCGAUUUGCAGAGACAAUUGGAAGAGGCGGAAGCGGAGGCUGCGGCGGACGCUGCAGCGGAUGCAGCGGCCUUGGUGACCAUCACGCCACCUAAAGAAGAGCCCACAGCACCGCCCCGUGGACAGAGGCACAACCCCUUCAAUACAGUUCCUGAGGGAGACGCUAAGGUCGUACAAGGCAGUCGACAUCAUAAAGAAAACCUAAGACCAGAAAUGCCUCGGAAGAAAGUACCCUUCAGAGACAUCCACACCACAUAUGGUAGAAAAAUACUCGCAGACAGAAAUGAAUGGCGAGUCAAACUGUCAAAACAGAAAUCAGAGGACAAACCGCUCAUACAGUUGUAAUGCACAGGAUGGAAACACGGAGCGAUGUUGCGACCUCAGUAUUAUUCACCUAAUAUCAAAAAGCUUAUGGAAUUUGUACAUUUGUUUUGACUUAAAGUCAGCAGCCUUCUAAUAAAAAACAGGGAAUUUCAAAAUUAUAUUAACAUUUAUUGUUAUGUGUAUAUUAUAUGCUAUUCUUGCCUAAACUAAACGCCAUCAAUGUCGGUGAAAUUCAUGCUGGACGCGGGCCCGACCGGCUGCGACCAAGAAAAUCACGGCGGCAGGGCGUAUCGGAUCGGAGGAUCGGUUGGGUCUCGUUCGCUGCGGAGGUGCUGUGGCAGAAGCCGCUCCGGUGUUUUACGUUCCUUGAGAGCGAAUACAUGGUGUCACGGUGCUUACAAGAUGAGGACCGGCUUGUGCUACCGGUGUUUUCCGGCCACAAAGCGGCCGGGUGUUGAGCGGGCCCCACGUAAAGUGGUUGCGUGAGCAGCGGCGGGUUGCCGCUACUGGGUGGGGACCAAAAAGUGCCCGCAGUCCCGUAACAAAAAGAGGGGAUCUGCACUGUCGUCGGAUUGCGCCAAUGGCCGCCGGUUAAAGGCUGAGGUGAUGGUCAACGGUUAGUAAUGGCGGUCCAUUGUCCUCCUACAGUGAAAUCUAAACCACUGCGCACGUGCUCAGUAUUUGCCUUUGCAGAGCGCGGCGCAGUGGCGGGUUGACCUGGCAGUGAUCGUUGAACCUGUGAUCGGCGGACCGAUACAGUGUCCCGCGGAUAUUACUAUAUAUUAUAUAUGUUGGUAUAUAUUAUAUAAGGUGGAGACAGCUUUCAAUAUUACUAGAACAUUUUAAAACAUCUGGGGUAGAUUAUAAAUACUCGAGAGAUUAACUCAAACACACUAUAUUGUAUGCACAUAAGGCAAGUUUUAGUAACAGUAAUAAAAAUCACUGGGAUAUGUAGAAAUAAUGAACGUCAACAGUAUUUACGGGACAAUUAUUAUAUGUGAUAUAUAAUGUAUAAAAUUUGUCUAAUUUUUGCACCAAUUCAAACACGGAUUUUUGUAAACGACGAAGGUUGUCGCCUGUAUAUGUUUUUUUAACUAUAUUGUAUAUUAUAGUUUAGACUAACAAAAACUAAAUGAACUUGUGAAUAUUGUCCGAAUACACAUUAUUAUUCUUUGAAACUGUUAUUUUUCUGUUAUAAUUUUUAUUCAAUUGAACCUAAUAUAAGC